UGUAUGUGGAAUGUGAAAAUAAAAACAGUUACGAAGGCUUCUUCCUUUUAGCUGGUGCUUAAUAUCAGGAGUAUCAGGAAGUCCUAUCACCUUAGCUAAUUCGCUAUAAGCAGAAUAUCAAAUGUACUUUGUGCGUGUGAGCAGCAGAGAAAAGGGCUGCAUUUGUGCCGUGCAAUCAAACUUCCCCGCGUGACUUUCUGUCCAAAUCUUACUGUUUGAUGUUGUGCACUAUGGUUUCCUUUUCAGUGUUAAAGUUAGUGCUUCUAUGGAGAUCAAGACAAAACAAACAACAACAAAAAAAAACUAGAAGUGGAGUUUGAGUGAAUAUAUUGCACUUAAAAUGCCUCAUCUCUAGCCUUUGUUUAUUGCUCAUCAAAAAGAUGUCAGUUCAGGUCGAGUGGAAAUGCACAUGAAAGUUUUUGGAUACAGGCAUUUUAGACAAUACAUCCCUGUUGCAGAUGAAGGGUUUGUGUGUGCUUUCAUGCUGCCGAAAGCCUUUCUACACCUGGAUGUUAUGCUCCGCUGUAAAUGGGUCACUCUGUAUAAACUCAUAUUGGCCUUAUUCCUUUAUAUAAGGUAAACGCUCAUCAGAGGCAGCAGGAUACUCAUUAUAUUAUCACGUUAUCCACUUACUUUUGUAUUUAUGACUUUAACUUGUUGGGAAGUUGGGAAGUCCCAUCGUGUUAUUCUAACAACAAUAGCACAGAUAUAUGUAAUACAUUUUUGGCCAGAAAAGGCAACAUCCCCUUUCAGUUUAACACUUAAGAAUUCAUUAUAAGCAGAUAACACAUAGACAGGCACUAAAACCUGUGCCAAAGCUACAUGCAGUUGGUGUACAACAAACAGCCCAUAUAAUAUUUUAGCAUUUUUUGACAUCAAGAUACAUCCAUGCACAGGCAUAUACCUACCCUCUCCAGAAUCAUUCUUUGGAGAACUGCAAGAUUCAGCUUUUAUUCCGUAUUCAGUUUCCACCUAUUUCCAAUAAGAGCAAUAACUACUCUCAGGCUGAACAAGAAUCAUUUAUAAGAUAAUUUCCCCAUUUCCAGAUCACUCCUGAAGCCGACUCUGUUAAAUUAAAAAGAACAAAAAUGUGAAAUAGUGACGAUGAUAAAAUCAGGGGAUUGAGUUAAAGGGUGAGAAAGAGAAGCAUUUUAAGCAUUUAUACGAGAAGAUGAAAGAUGCUUUGAGGGCACUGCUGGGUGUCAUGCUUGAGUUACUUCGGUUAUUGUGCUAAUUCUCCUAAUAGCCACCUUUCUCAAGCACCUUGUCCUAACUACCUUAGGGAAACUGCUUUGCAUGUUGAUUGGGGGAGGGGAAAUCCUUUUUUGCAGCUGUCAUAGACCAAUGAUGAAUCACUAUCCCUGCCAUUUGCCUGCCUUCCCCCUGACAUGGAGAAAGAGGAGGAGAACAGCAGGGAGAAUCCACAGUUGAGACUCUAAGUUAAAGACAAUAUGAUUUUACUAGCACAGUGUCUUCUCCUGCGCUUGGUCUCACACUAAUAGCCCAACAAUCACUGUCCCUUCCACUUCUGCCUCUGCUGGGAUCUAUAUCCAUAACAGCAUGUGCCUCGGACUGUAUAGGUGUAUAGAACAAUCCAGUUCCAAUGUUGCCGUUUUCUGAAGUCACAGGUCUAUGGAAAUGCAGGAUCUAGCCAGCCCACAUAGUAGACUUAGUGGCAGUGGUGAUUCUCCCAGUGGGACAGGCCUCGAUAAUUCCCACAUAAACAGCAAUUCCAUGACACCAAAUGGCACAGAAGUUAAAACAGAGCCCAUGAGCAGCAGUGACAUUGUGACUACAACUUCAGACGGACAUUUAGACAACUUCUCAGGGUCAGUGAUUGGAAGCAGUGGAUAUAGCCCACGACAAGCACACCAGUUUUCCCCACAAAUAUAUCCAUCCAAAGCAUAUCCCCAUAUUCUGCCUACCCCUUCUUCCCAAACUAUGGCUGCAUAUGGACAGACACAAUUCUCCUCGGGAAUGCAACAAGCAACAGCAUAUGCAACAUACCCUCAGCCAGGACAGCCUUAUGGAAUCCCGCCAUAUGGUGCAUUGUGGGCAGGCAUCAAGACGGAAGGUGGAUUACCACAGCCACAGUCACCUGGACAGACUGGAUUUCUAAGCUAUGGCUCAAGCUUUACUGCACCACAGCCUGGACAAGCACCAUACAGUUAUCAAAUGCAAGGGAGCAGUUUUACCACAACAUCAGGAAUCUAUGCAGGAAGUAAUUCACUCACAAAUUCAACUGGAUUUAAUAGUUCCCAGCAGGAAUAUCCAUCUUAUCCCAGCUUUGGCCAGGGUCAGUAUGCACAAUAUUAUAACAGUUCGCCGUAUCCUUCACAUUACAUGACAAGCAGUAACACCAGCCCUACCACUCCCUCAACCACUGCAACCUACCAGCUACAGGAGCCACCAUCCGGAAUCACCAGCCAAGCUGUUACAGAUCACUCCACAGCCGAAUACAGCACUAUCCACAGUCCAUCAACGCCUAUUAAAGAUUCAGAUUCAGAUCGAUUGCGGCGCAGUUCGGAUGGAAAGUCACGGGGACGAGGCAGGAGAAACAACAACCCUUCCCCACCUCCAGAUUCUGACCUUGAAAGAGUUUUCAUUUGGGAUCUGGAUGAGACAAUUAUUGUUUUCCACUCGUUGUUGACAGGAUCUUAUGCUAACAGAUACGGAAGGGACCCACCUUCUUCAGUAUCACUUGGGCUCCGCAUGGAGGAAAUGAUAUUCAACUUGGCCGACACGCAUUUGUUCUUCAAUGAUUUAGAGGAAUGUGACCAGGUUCAUAUUGAUGAUGUUUCUUCAGAUGACAAUGGACAAGAUUUAAGCACAUAUAACUUUGGAACAGAUGGCUUUCCAGCAGCAGCUACCAGUGCAAACCUGUGUUUAGCAACGGGGGUUCGAGGAGGAGUGGACUGGAUGAGAAAAUUGGCUUUUCGUUAUAGAAGAGUAAAAGAGAUCUACAACACAUACAAAAACAAUGUUGGAGGUCUACUUGGUCCUGCCAAACGAGAAGCAUGGCUGCAACUGAGGGCAGAAAUUGAAGCACUGACAGAUUCCUGGUUAACGCUUGCACUGAAAGCCCUUACUUUAAUCCAUUCUAGGACAAACUGCGUAAAUAUACUUGUUACAACUACACAGCUUAUUCCAGCCCUGGCAAAGGUCUUGCUGUAUGGACUGGGGAUCGUUUUCCCAAUUGAGAACAUUUAUAGUGCAACCAAAAUAGGAAAAGAAAGUUGCUUUGAAAGAAUUAUUCAGCGCUUUGGGCGGAAAGUUGUAUAUGUUGUAGUAGGUGACGGGGCUGAGGAAGAACAAGGAGCCAAAAAGCAUUCAAUGCCAUUUUGGAGAAUCACAAGCCACUCUGACCUGAUGGCCCUGCACCAUGCUUUAGAACUUGAAUAUUUAUAGCAACAAAUGGCACUUUGUUUUUCCCUGAAGAGAUUUAAAGGAUAUCUCAAAACAUUAUUUCCUUUGUCACUAUGCAAAUUGGUCAUUUGUAACAAGCUAUAACGGAAUCGCCAUUGAAAAAUCAUUGAUGUAAUAUUGCUGGUAUUAAGCACGCUGACAAAUGGCUACCAUGCCCUACAAACAUCGAACGUCAGCCAUCAUCACAGUUCUAGAGACAAAAUAAAGGGUUGUUCCUGUGAAGAAAAACUGUAUUACCUAGCGUAAUCGGAAUGAGGGGAUCUUCUUCUUAAUAAAUGGUCCUCUCCAUGCAGCUCCAUUCUCUCUCUCUGCCUCAUUUCCUGAAGAAACGUUUACUGUUUGUCUUCUUGCACCCAAAGUAAUAAAUCGUAUUUAUGAAUGGACUUAACAUACAGAUACAUGAGGAUUUAUAUGGUAAGGCACGUGAGCUCUAACAGGCUUUUUCAUUUGGACUCUAGUCUAACCUGUAUACUGUAAUUUAAACUAUGUACAUCACUGAGACAAUCAUGUACAGAAAGAUUUUGUGUAAAUUUGUAAUAAUGGAUUCUUUUACAUAUUGUUUAGGUAAAUACUCUUAAAGGGUAUCAAUGCCUUGGUCAGGCACAUAUACUGGGCAGUGUGUGUGUGUGUGAGCUGUGGUGCAGUGCCUUAACAAAGCGUUAGAUAUAAAUAUGUAGAUAUAUUUUAUUUUUAUUUUUUUUUAACUGUAGUGGUAUUUGUUAUGACCAAAAGCAUGGAUGUCAAGUGUCAAUAAUCUUUUACCAUUACCUCUUUUUAACACUAAUGGAAACAGAAAACAUGCUUGCUUGUUCAUAACUCAAGGGUGACAAGUUAACUAAGCACCAGAGGAAAAAAAUAUCAUCUUAAACUCAAUGACAUCUUAGGAUAGGUCCAAACAGGCAUCUGUCUUAUUGCAUGUACUCACUGUGAGAAAGCAUCCAAAAACUAUCAUUAAUAUUAGCUUGAGAGAGAAGACACACUAAUUAGUAUUGGAUAAGUGAAAGCUCCAACUUGUGGGAGGCAGUUGACAACCAACGUAUGACAAUGGAGCUUCUCAGGUGUGGCAUGCUGAGGGUGCUACUGCCAGCCUACCUUGGACAAUGUGAAGUCUGCCUCCACUUAUUUAUAUUGCUUCUCAGUGGCACAAGCAUUAAAGCAUUUCCUCGUGGCCCUAUCCUUUCUGUGGCACAUACUUGAGUGCUUACCCUCAGCACUGUUGUGCUUCAAAUCUUAAUAACUUGCAAUAAAGACAGAACAUUUUUCUAGUAACAGGAGUGCCUCUUUUUAUCUCAGCUAUUCCCCUAUCUUGUCUAUAUCGUUCUUGUUGUCUCUUAUCCUCUUGUUUAUGUUGGUACACAUUCAAUGCACCUAGUAAAAUAUCCAAUUAGUAAGAGAGGUCCACCAAUUUGUAUACUUAAAAGAGGAUCAUCAUGCUGUGGUUGAUUGAUGAUGGCCGGUUUGAAUGCGAGCUACUGAAUUAAGGUACAAUAUGUUCCUCUUUAUUCCCUUAUAUCUCAUCAGCUCUCUUGUAUUUGAAUCAAGAUGUGGUUGUCCUGCAGAAUACUAAUUGAAAGUUCUGUUAUAUAGCAUUAAUUCAUACACUGUGCUGAAUGGUUCAGUGUAAAGCUUUCUCUAUGCAAUAGUUUUCCCCUGCAAUGAUCAUAAUAAUCAUUGGGGCUGACAACGUAAGGUACAGAUAUGCAAUCCAUUAUCUGAAAACCCGUUAUCCUGAAAGCUCAGAAUUAUAGAAAGGUCAUCUCCCAAAGACUCAAUUUUAUCCAAAUAAUCCAAUUUUUUUUUAAUUAUUUUUUCUCUGUAAUAAUAAAACAGUAACUUGUACUUGAUCCAAACUAAGAUAUAAUUAUUUAAUGUUUAAAUUAUUUUCUUGUAGGCUUAAGGUAUGGAGAUCGAAAUGAGCAUUCUGGAUAACAGGUUCCAUACAUGUAUAAUUAUUUACAUGAUGUUACAGUAAGCUAAAAAAAAAAAAAGCCAUUCUGGGCUUAAUCGCACACAGUAGACAUUCAAUGUCAUUUUUUAGUUGCUGAAUAAAGUCUCUUACUUAACCCAAUGUUCAUUUUAAAUUCAUUAGAUGCCAAUUAACAGAGCUUUCACUUUACUUGAGCAAAAACAAUUGACUGGAGACAAUUGGGCUCAUUUAUCAACACUGGGCAAAUUUGCCCAUGGUCAGUUACCUAUAGCAACCAAUCAGUGAUUAGCUUUUUAAAGCCAGCUGCAAUUUGAUUGGUUGCCAUGAGUUAAUGCCCAUGAGCAAAUUAGCCCAGUGUUGGUAAAUUACCCCCAAUGGUACCAAAAAGGAAAUAAAUUAUAAUUUUGGGAGGAAUUGAGCAUUAAAGCAAAUCUUUAUAAUUAUUUGCAGGGUAAAUUCUAAGGUAGGAGGCCUGUAAAGCAUCAGGCUAAUUACUCUCAAUGUGAGAACCUGCCUGGCAGGCCUUGGGAUUAGUAAAAGAAAAUAAGUUGCACCUGCAAUUUACCAGGUAAUAUGAAUUAUCACUUUUCAACAAUUUCUCAUCUAUUUAACAUUCACCUUCUGAGUUUACUAUUCUGAACUGCAGUCAUCUAUUCUUUGGCAUAAAUGGUACAUUCAAGGGGUAAUUCAGUAGUAUCGCAAGCUUAUUUCCUUUCUCAGCACUUUUCACUUCAGCCUUACAAAGGGUUUAGAGAUCUCUUUAGUCACACAUGUUUACCUUUCUGUUUCUGCUUGCUUGGAACACUAGCUCCACACUGUAGCUAUACACUAGAAAAACUAGCUUGGGACUAAACAAAAGCAAACUCCUCCCAGCAGAGGACUCGUAUUGCUGCUAGAAUCAGUCAUUUUUGGAUUUGACAAAUAGCUUUGUUACCAACAGUGUAAAGUAGUGUUUAUGUUCUGCUGAGAAGAAUACACAGGGAUUUUUUUAACAGUCCUUAUUCAGACAUGUUGGCCUUAUUGUACGAAAGAUGUGUGCUCUGUACGGAAAAUGCAAAUGUGUACAGGUUUUUUUUUUCUUUUCAUCCAAUUUUGUGUUAAAUUAAUAAAUUUUAAUUUGUGAAAUAUUAAUUAAAUUGUGCUUAAUUUUAUUUUUUACAUGUACUUAUUGUAAUUAUUGUAUUACUUGGACGUUGUUUUUUGGGGGGAGCUUCUGUAAGAGGAAAAAAAAUCUAGAAAAGUUGAAGAAAAUAAAUCAGCUGAAAUAAAAUUGGAAGAGUAAAUUA